UCUCUUUAUAUAUGCACAUAUAUAUCAUUGUGCUAAAUAAACCUUACCGUAUUUGUUAGCUUUGGAGAGUUGCCUUUCAAUCACUUCUGAGAUUUAAUGAAAGAAUGGCAGCAAUACAGAUUGGAUUUUUACUUGUUCCAUUUUUUACAUGCAUCAGAAUAGAAGCACAAUAUAUUAUGCAAGAUGCUGAACUUGUGCAUUAUAUAGAUCGCCGAAUUAUCUCAAUGGAGAACCGACUGAACAAAUGCAAUCAAGAUAUAACUGAUUAUGUAGAGGAAUUCCGGCAGUUUUCAAAGAAGCUGAUGUCACAUCUAGAAGGCCUCAACAUUCUAAAGACUGAGCUGAAGAAUGAUGUAGACCAUUUGCUAACCAGAGUGGAAAGAGCUCAGAGAGAUAUUGACUACUUUGAAUCUGCAAAGGAAUAUCCCAGCCCGUGUGUGGACAUUGAUGAAGAGCUUUUGGAGCAGCAGUUAACAGAAGAACAAGAGUCCAAGACAAAGAUCAAGCUCAUGCUGAAUGCAAGCUGCAACUACAUGAUCACAGGCUUCAAAUCACUAAAGAUAGUCAAAAAGUCUGGAGAUGCAAUUGGCUCAUGGUUGAAAGACCCUGGCAAAAAUUACCAAAAGAUUUACUUCUUCACUGGAACAAAGAAUAAAAUUGUUAUGGAGUUUGCAAACAUUCGAUCUUUUGCCGAAAGUGGUGAGAAACAGCCGACCCGUCGAAUUGCACUACCAUUUCCCUGGCAAGGAACAGGCCAUGCUAUAUACAAUGGAUUUCUGUUUUAUCAUAAAUAUGGCUCCUUAAAUGAGAUAAUUAAGUUUGAUAUUCAGAACAGAAAUGCAACUGAUCAGAUGCUGCUGUCGGGUGCUGGAGAGAUACCUGCCUAUGAACUUCACCCUUCUACUAAAAUAGACUUAGCUGUGGAUGAACUAGGAUUAUGGGCAAUCCAUGCAGAACCAGAUACUGCUGGAAAGCUCGUGAUUACUAAAAUCAACCAUGAAACCAUGACUGUGGAAUAUACAUGGGAUACAUCCUGCAGAAGCCAGAAUGCAGAAGCUGCUUUCAUGAUGUGUGGUGCUCUUUAUGUUGUAUACAACUCCCCAGGGCGUGGUGUCUCUCAAAUAGAAUGUAUUUAUGAUACCUUAGAUGUCAUCAGUCCAUAUGAAAACACAGUACUUCGUUUCCCCAAACGUCAGUCAAAUCAUGCUAUGGUUCAUUAUAACCACAGAGACAAACAACUCUUUGCCUGGGAUGAUGGCUCUCAGGUCAUUUACAAGCUCAUGACCAGUCAAAAAAGUUAAAAAAAA